AUGCCAGUUCAAAAAAGUAGAUAUAACAUUAGACCUUUUGUUGAAGCUCCAUUAUCGAAUAUUCCAAUUGAAAAUAAAAUAGAUUUACAAACUAUUGAUUUAUCUUUAUAUAAAGAUGGUGAUGAAAACUUUGCAGCUCGUAAAUUGUUAGCUGACAAAAUUGAGAAAUCAUUAUCGACUUAUGGUUUCAUAUCUCUCAUAAAUCCUGGUUUCCCCGUUGAAAAAUUAGAAUUUUUGAAAUCAUUAGCUCAAUCUAUUUUAGAAGUUCCAUUAGAAGAGCAAAAACAGUAUUUAGCAGGUGCUUUGAAAAGUGAUCUUGAAGACAGAUCAAAAUCAAUUGGAGCCGAACGUGCAUCAGGAUAUAAACCUAAAGGAUAUUGGUCAAUGAAAAAUAAUGUAAAUGAUUCAAUCACACAUUACAAUUUUAAUAAUAUGCAACAUGAUAGGUUUUUUGAUUUAGAGUUUAAUAAUUAUCCAGACAUUGUUAUAGCUCACUUGGAUGAAAUUGCAGAAUACUAUAGGUUCUUACAUACUGAUACGUUGAGAAAACUUUGUAAUUUGACUGAUAUUGUUUUAGAACUACCUGAAGGUUAUAUGUAUGGAAACUAUUAUAAAGUAUUUAAUGGUGAUUACGAAGAAUCAGGUGGUGGUGCUGGUAGAUUUAUGUUAUAUGAGAAAAUGCAAGAAGAAGAUUUAAAGAAAGUUGACAAUGAAACAUUAAGAGGUCAUUCCGAUUCAGGUGGAUUUACCUUUAUAACCAGUCAGCCAAUAUUGUCAUUACAAAUCAGAGAUUAUUAUACUGGUCAAUGGAAUUAUGUUGGACAUGAACCAAAUGCAUUAAUUGUAAAUAUUGGAGAUGCUAUGGAAUUUAUCACUGGUAGUUACUUUAAAUCAAGUAUUCAUAGAGUUGUUGCAUCACCUAUAGACCAACAAGAUUAUAAAAGGUUAGUUUUAAUAUAUUUUAGCAAACCUAAAGAAACUUGUAUAUUAGAUCCAGAACCUUUAAAUUCUCCGAAAUUAAAAAGAUUGGGUUUUAAUAAACCACAAGAAUGGGAAAAGAUAACUUUUGAACAAUGGAAUAAUGAAAAAUCAAGAUUAUUUGGCAAAAAGAAACUUAAUGAUGUUAAAGGUGAUGAACCAAAAUUGGUAUUAGUAUACGGUAGAUUACAUGAAAGAUGGCACCAAGCAGAAGCAAAUUUUAGUUUAGAAGAAGCUGCAAAACACUUUCAAGUAAUUGAACUAAAUGAUUCUAAUUAA